GUGACUUUUUCUAUAAGAUCUUGCACAUCAGCAGAUUUGAUUAUUAAAGAUUGUUGUGCUUCUACAGUGUUAGAACCAGCUUUGUCUUGCGAACUUUUUACUUAAUACAUUAUAACCUUACAAUAAAACGAAAAUGACAUCACAAUGCAAGCAAAGCUUUCACCAAGAAAGCGAAGAAGCUAUUAACAACCAGAUAAACAUGGAGCUGUAUGCCAGCUAUCAAUAUCUUUCUAUGGCUUAUUAUUUUGAUCAAGAUGACGUAGCAUUGGAUGGUUAUUUCAAGUUUUUCAAGCAUCAAUCAGAUGAAGAGCGUGAACAUGCUCAGAAACUAAUGAAAUAUCAAAACAAACGUGGUGGUCGAAUAAUUUUAAAAGAUGUUCAAGCUCCCCAAUUUCAAGUGAGUACACCAGUGUCAGCUUUAGAAGCAGCACUUGAAUUGGAAAAGAAAGUUAACGAGUCUUUAUUAAAUGUACAUUCUAUUGCUGGAAAGCACAAUGAUCCUCAUUUGAGCGAUUUCAUAGAAUCUGAGUUCUUGGAUGAGCAAGUCGAUUCAAUCAAUGAAAUAGCCAAAUUGAUCACCAAUGCUAAGAGAUGUGGUGAUGGUUUGGGUACCUACCAAUUUGAUAAGCUGACCAUGUCAAGUUAAAUGUUUACACCUAUUUAUAGCUUUGCUUUAAGGACUGUACAAUGCAAUCUACAUGUUUAUUAUAAGAAAUAUAAUCUGAAAAAUUAUUCUAGAAAAAAAAUCUUACCCAUGUA